AUGGAGGAGGAAUUGAGAUCCAAACUCACUCAGCUUAAGCAUCUUAGAGAAGUCCAAAACGCCUUCAAGGAUGUCAGGGAGGAAUGUUCCUUUCUUCGCUUUGUCACUAUUGUGCGGACGCUAAGUAUUCUUCGCAAUAAGCAGUACAUUCAAAUGAUGAAAUGUCAUGUCAACAAGCUCUCAUGCUUGAUCUCAAAGAAGUUUGACCUCAACGAGCACAUAAACAACAUGUCUUCAUACCGCCUUUCGUUCUUUGAAAAACUUAUCCUUUGUGGAGGAUUGAAGUUUUCUCUACCUCAAAAAGUUUCACCCAUUGAAAUUCAAGCCAGCUUUGAGAAGGCGUAUUGGAGAAUAGAGCCAUUAUUGCAUGAUGCAGAUGAAAAGGAACUGGCUAAUCCACCUAAGGCUCUUGUCAAAGCUCUCAAUCGCUUAAAGAAACGUGACGACAUCGUUAUCACUAAGCCCGAUAAAGGUUCUGGGGUUGUAGUGAUGGACAAACCUGAAUACAUCCGCCUUCUAAGCACUGCUUCAGUUGACAACACUUCUAAAUUUACACAUGUUGAUGACAAGCGACCAAAAAUGCGUGGACGACCACCCAAACAUUUUCAACCGCUCCUUCAAAAAGAGAAAGAGUUGCACGAAACUUUACAUCAAAUUCUGCCGGAUGAAAUUGCCAAUUCACUUUCUCCUAAGAGUUCCAGGCUCGCUCAUCUUUAUGGCUUACCCAAGACUCACAAAGCCACGCUAAGUAUGAGGCCUAUUUUAUCAGCAACCGGAACUUACAACUACAAUCUUGCUAAAUGGCUUGAACAAAAGCUGAAGCCACUUUCUCUAAAUGAGUAUACAAUCACUGAUGCUUUUACCUUUGCUGAUGAGAUUCGUACCCACACUAUGAAUGAAGAUGACAUAUUGGUUUCUUAUGACGUCACAGCUCUUUUUACCAAUGUGCCUUUAGAUGAGACUAUCAAAAUCUUAGUCAACAAAGCCUUCACUGGUGAUUGGUUCAACAAAACCUAUGGCCUUAAUCUGCAACAGGACCAGCUUGCUAGACUACUCGAAAUUGCCACAACCAAUCAGCUUUUCCAGUUUAAUGGUCAACUCUACCAACAGACAGAUGGUGUGGCCAUGGGCUCGCCCCUUGGUCCUCUAAUGGCCAAUGCCUUCAUGUGUCUUCUUGAAGAAAAGCUUACACGCGAGGGCUUGAUGCCCCAGUUGUACAAGAGGUACGUCGAUGAUACUCUGGCUAGAAUGCCUAGCGUUGAUGUUGCUGCCGAGUUUCUUAGUACCCUGAAUGGCCUACACCCCAGUCUAACAUUUACGAUGGAGCUUCCUGUGGAUAACAAGAUCCCUUUUGUUGGCACUGAAAUCGUCAAGAACGGAACUAAACUUGAAACUCAAGUUUACAGAAAACCAACAAACACCGGAUUGCUCCUACAUUUCCAAAGUCACACGGAUAAAUGCUAUAAAGACUCUUUAUUACAGACAAUGAUAAUCGUGCCUAUUCCUUGUCGUCUACAACAGAGGCUUUCAAUGCAGAAUGUGCCAAGUUGCACUCUAUAUUUAGUCGCCUUGACUAUCCAAUGA